AUGCACUACAAGGCCAGCAGUGUUUCACUCAGUAAGGGGACACGAGGCAAGGCCAGGAACAGGAAACGCGAGUGGGUGCGGAGCUCGGUGGCAGCUGCUGAUGAUGUCACCCCGCCGGUGUCCGCCCUCCUCCCCGAGGCUGCAGCGGCGCAACCUCCGCUGCUGCCGGGCACCCCUCUGGCGGCAGUAAGGCCACACGGCCGUCGUGCAGGGGUAGGUCCCGCUGCUGCCGGUCCACGGCUGGGGAAUGGGCGAUACCGCUUCCCGAGUCUCCCGUGGAGUCUCCCCAGCGGACCCACCCGCGCCGGCUCCGCGCCCCUGUUGGGCACGGGAGCAGAGGCGAGCACACGGACUCGGUGUCAGCCCCAGCGGCCGGAAUUGGUCGCUGUUUCGUCACCCUGGCCAAGUAUUGGCCACCGCUGCCUCAGAAAAGCAACAGGAGUGCCUGUAGUGGCGGACGCGGAUGAGCCUGUGAUAGAAAAUACUGGAAGUGGAGAACCCAGUUGCCAAAGCAUGUCAAAUCAAACUUUUGGAAUGAACACAUCACCAUUCUCCCGUGGUCUAGAAGGCAGCCAACCUUUCCUGAACUUUCUGAGUCCUUACGAAAAUCUUGAGGACCUUAUAGAAUAUAUAUCUGGAUGGCAUAAUGAUUUGAAUAGUCAGAAUAGGAUUGCUUUUGUAAACAUUGACUCAUACGAGCCAGAUAGCAGUGAUGGAGAGGAAGAUGAUGCUCAAGACAAAUCUUCUUUGGCAAGAGAAGAAGCAGGUGUAUUUCAGGAAACACUAGAUAACAUGUUUUCUGAGUUAGAAAGCGACACAGAGACUUGCACUGACUUGCCCUCCCGCUUGCCUGCUCACAACCACAGUACUUUUAGAGAAUGCUGUGAAGAAGCAGGCCCAAUACCUUUCAUGAGAUACUUCAGCAUAGAUUCAGACCUGGAUUGUCCAAACAACAAGACAUUUAAAUUUUUUGCCGAAGACCAAGCUGUGCUGAAAAGGAGCCCAACUGUUGCCAGUUAUGAAACACAGCCAAUACAAAACGUAGUGGAUGUUGGAAUUAGAAGCCCUAUGGCGAUUGAUAUUGGUUUAAAUGCCAGCAAAGAAAAAGCUGACCAAAGAAAUUCUUCUGAGCUAGUAGUGAGACCUAAAAUAAGAAAACAAAAUACUACAAACCAGUCGGAGAGAGGGAAGCUUCUCCCUAGUGGUGAAGAGGGAAGUGAUUCCUGGAGGAGAAUUGAAAUUGCUGAGGUCCAGCAGGACCAUCUUGAAUGUGUCUUGAGAAACAGCAAAGAAGAUUCUAUUUCUAGUAUAUUCUUCAACUCAAGAGCAUGUGAAGGUCAUCAAAAGAACAUGGAAACAGUCUUAAAGAAAAAUUUAUCAGCUCAAGAACAAGAAAAUCUUCUAGAUGAUAGCACUUUUGAGGAUGAGUUUGAAGACUGCAGCACACACUUCCCAAUGUCCCACAAGGAUGAAAGCAGCUCAGAAUGCAGUGAUGGAGAAUGGUCUACAUCUCUCUAUGCCUAUUUUACUGGUACAGAAAAGGACAGGUCCUCAAGUGAAGAGAGCUGGGAGACAGACCCAGGCAGGGAAGAACAUGAACCUGAAGUGCAAAGCAGCGACAGUGAUGUAGAAGAGAACAUAGGCAUCUCUUGUGAAGAAGGACAGAAGAUACUAUUGGAGGAAGGAGAGAUUCCGUGGUUGCAGUACCGAGAAGUAGAAAGUAGCAGUGAUGAGGAAGACGAUCCUGUUAAUGAUGUGCAUCCUGGAUUCUUCCCCUUGGAUGGGAAUAACAACCUGGAGGAUGACUCCAGUGUGAGUGAAGACCUGGAUGUAGAGUGGAGCAUACUUGAUGAGUUUGGUGAUCAUCUAAGACUUGCUAUUCAUUCCAUGGGUCUUCAGUUUCACACAUUCGUGCCAAUAGAGGGACACUUGCAACCUAUGGAGGCUGCUCUGGAGCAGUUGGAGGCUCUUGAAUUUGAAGCUGAACAGCAUCAUCCACCAGCUACUGAAGAAAUCAUAGACAGUCUACCAGAGAUGGUGAUUAUGGAUGACCGCAAUGGCCAAGACCAGUGUUGUAUUAUCUGUUACGAUGAGUAUGUGGAAGGUGAAAUCCUGAAACAGCUGCCCUGUCGUCAUGUGUUUCACAGAAGCUGUGUAACUCUAUGGCUACAGGAAUCAGGAACGUGCCCAGUUUGCCGUCAUGUGCUUGUGCCUGUGCUUCCUGAGGCUGCUCUGGACAUUGAUUCCCAUGUCUGAUAAUGACUCAACACCUUCUGUUAAUGAUGCUGCAGGACGUUCAAACCAGCAUCUGACAUGUAAAUCUCUGCUGCCAUAAUAAAGUUGUCUACUUCUCCCAUUUAAUUACAAUGUGAAAAUAACUAUGUGUGCGCUACUACAUGUAAAAUAGAACUUCAGAGGUUGGAAGGGACCUCCUGGCAUCAUCGAGUCCAAUCUCUCUGCCAAGGCAGGAUUCCCUGGGGUAGUUUGCACAGGAAUGCAUCCAGGUGGGGUUUGAAAGUCUUCAGGGAAGAAGACUCAGGGGUGACCUCAUUGCUGUCUGCAACUACCUGAAGGGAGGUUGUAGCCAGGUGGGGUUGUGCUCUUCUCCCAGACAACCAGCAACAGAACAAGGGGACACAGUCUCACAUUGUCCUGGGGAAAGUAUAGGCUGGAUGUUAGGAGGAAGUUGUUGGCAGAGAGAGUAAUUGGCAUUGGAAUGGGCUGCCCAGGUUGGUCAUGGAGUCACUGUCCCUGGAGGUGUUCAAGAAAAGCCUGGAUGAGGCACUUAGUGCCAUGGUCUAGAUGACUGGACAGGGCUGGGUGCUAGGUUGGCCUGGAUGAUCUUGGAGGUCUCUUCCAACCUGAAUGAUUCUAUGACUCCCCAACCUCUCUGUGUAGCCUGUUCCAGUGCUCUGUCACCCUUACUGUAAGGAAAUUUCUCCUCAUGUUGAGGCAAAACCUUCCAUUAGUGCUUGUCUUAUUCCUGUGGAGCAGCAAAAAAGAGAUUGGCCCCAUCCACUCAACAGCCAUCCCUCAGAUAUUUCUAUACAUUGAUAAGAUCUCCUCUUAGACUUCUCCAGACUAAACAGCCUCAGGGUUCUCAGUCUCUCUUUGUAGGGGAAAUGCUCAAGUCCUCCAAGUCAUCCCCGUGGCUCUCCAUUGGACUCCUUCCAGCAGGUCCCUGUCUCUCCUGAACUGGGAAGCCCAAAAUUGGACACACAGUAUUUCAGGUAUGGUCUCACCAGAGCAGAGUAGAGGGGGAGAAGAACCAACCUAGACCUGCCUGCCACACUUUUCCUGAUGCACCACAGGAUGCCAUUGGCUCUCUUGGCCACAAGGGCACAUUGCUGGCCCGUGGAGAACUUGCUGUCCACAAGGACUCCAAGGUCAUUCUCCAUGGAGCUGCUCUCCAGCACAGCAGCCCCCAACAUGUACUGGUGCCUGUUGUUAUUCCUCCUCAAAUGCAUGACCCUGCACUUGCCCUUACUGAAUUUCAUGUUAUUUGCCUUCAUCCAGCACUCUAGCCUGUCCAUGAUGGAUGGCUGCACAGCCUAACGGGGUGCUGGUCACACACAUACACACCCCUGCUAGUUUUGUGUCAUCAGCAAACUUGAUGAGGUUAGACUCAAUGACCUCAUCCAGGUCAUUGGUAAAGAUACUGAACAAAACUGGACCCAGUACUGAUCCCUGGGGGGUCAGCACUGGCUAUGGGCCUCCGACUUGAUUCUGUGCCACUGAUGACAACUCUCUGAACUCUGUUGUGGAGCCAGUUUUCAAUCCACCUUACAGCCCAGCCAUCUAUGCCACAUCUCCUGAGCUUAUCUAUGAGGAGAUGGUAUGAAAAGCUGAAAUCAAGGUAUAUGACAUCCACAGCCCCUUCCUUCAUCUACCCAUUUGGUCAUGGUAUCAUAGAAGGCUAUCAGAUUAGUCAAGCAAGAGCUGCCCUUGGUAAAUCCAUGUUGGCUCUCCUGAUAACCCUUGUUUCUUCCAUGUGGUUAGAGCUGUGCCAUCACAUUUCCAAGAAUAGAGGUGAGGCUGACUGGUCUGUAGUUGCCUAGGUCUUCCUUGUCUGUUUUGAAGAUGAGUGACAUUGGCAUUCUGCCAGCCCUUAGACACCUCUCCUGUUCUCCAUGACUUUUCAAAAAUGAUGGAGAAAGGCUCCAUCCAGUAUCAGCCAGUUCUCUCAGCACUUGUGUAUGAAACCCACAGAAUCACAGGAACACCCAAGCUGGAAAAGACCCUCAAGGAUCACCAAGUCCAACUUCUAAUCUUACUCAACAAGAUUCACCUUAAACCAUAUCCCUAAGCACCACAUCGCCAUGACCCUUAAACCUAUCGAGGCCCAUGGAUUUGUGUGUUUUCAGUUGGUACAAGUGAUCUCUAACCCAAUCCUGACUGAUCAGUAGAGUGUCCCCUCCAGUUCUGCUCCCUUGCUUCCAGAGAUGGCGGUUCCUGGGGGCUGGUCUUAGCAGUAAAGACUGGGGCAAAGGAGACAUUCAGCAACUCUGCUGUCUCUGCAUCUUUGGUUGCCAUGUCUCCCAUAUUGUCCAGCAGUGGACCCACCUUUUCCUUGAUCUUCUUUUGCCAUUGAUGUAUUUGAAAAAGCUCUUCUUGUUUUCUUUCACCUCCCUGGCAAAACUCAGCUCCGAGAGGGCCUUGGCCUUUGUUGUCACAUCUCUACACUCUCUGGUAGUAUUUCUGUGAUCCUCCCAAUUGACCAUAUCUUUUUUUCCACAUAUUGUAUACCUCUUUGAGUUUCUCCAACAGCUCUCUGCUUAUCCAUGCAGAUCUUCUGCCUCCCUUAGCUGUUACAGGGGUUUUUGUUUUCUUCUUCCAAGGGAAUAAGCUUUUCUUGAGCAUAGAGGAGGUAAUGUUUGAAUAUUAACCAGCUCUCUUGGGUCGCCCUUCCUUCUAGAGCCCUAGUCCACUGGAUACUUCUAAGAAGAAUUUUGAAGAGGGUAAAAUUAGCUCUCUUAAAGUCCGGGGUUGAAAUUAUCACCCUUCUUUCUCUGAUGAUACCAGACUCUAACAUGUUGUGGUCACUACAGCCAAGAUUACCCCCAACCUUAACAUCUACAACCAGUCUUUCAUUGUUUGUUCAUGCAAGGUCCAACACUGCACUUCUCCUACUUGGUUUUUCAACAGCCUGCAGGAGAAAGUUGUCCUCAGUGCACUGCAGGAACCUUGUAGACUGCUUAUGCUUGGCUGUGUGGUCUUUCCAAUAUCAGAGUGAUUGAAGUCAUCCAUGAGCACCAGAGCACUCAAUCUUGAGGAAAUGUCCAGCUGUCUGUAGGCCUCAUUGACAGCUUCUUGCUCAUUUGGCGACCUGUAGUAAAUGCCCACAACUGUAUCAUUCAUGUUUGCAUGUCCCUUGACCCUGCAUUAAGCUUAAUGCAUUCUAGUUGCUUGCUCACUUAGAGAGCAACUCCAGCACCUUGCCUUGUCAGUCUAUCCUUCCUGAAAAGUACAUAGUCAUCUAUUACCACAUCUCAGUCAUGUGAGCUGUCCCCUGCGUGUAUCUGUAAUUGCAAUGAGAUCAUAGUCUUGAGGCUGUACCCAGAUCUCUAGUUCAUCUUGUUUGUUUCCCAUGCUCCUUGCAUUGCUAUAGAGACACUUCAGAGCAGAGAAUCUUUUGUUACCACCUUAGUGGACCUUUGUAGAGGACCAUUUCUUACCACUGUGAGUAUAACAUAAUCUACUGUCUCCUCCUGCCUCUGGGAUAGCAGUGGAGCUGGUACCCUGACUCACAAUUGUCUGUUUUUUCUGCAGGGAGCCUGGCUUUUCCUUGUACCCCCUUUGAAAUCAGUUUAAAGACCUGGCAAUCAGCCCUGCUAGUUCUCAUCACAGGAUUCCUUUUCCUCUUAGGGACAAGCAUUUCCUAUCUGUGGUCAGUAAGCUUGGGGUCUCGUAGAGUAGCUUGAGAUCAAAAAACCCAAACUUCUGAGGCUGGCACCAGUCCUGCAGCCAGGCAUUCAUCUCUUGUGUUUUCAUGCCCAAUGCCUUCAUCAGACGCAGCUAGUGGUGUGGCAGAGGUUAGAAACUACUUGUGCUCCUGACCCCUUCACCAUGUGUCCCAGGGUUCUCAGAAGGCUAGAAUCAUAGAAUCAACCAGGUUUGAAGAGACCUCCAAGAUCAUCCACUCCAACCUAGCACUCAUCCCUGUCCAGUCAAUCAGACCAUGGCACUAAGUGCCUCAUCCAGUCUUUGCUUGAACACCAGGGGAGAUUUAGGCUUGAGGUGAGGAGAAAGUUCUUCACUGAGAGAGUCAUUGGACACUGGAAUGGGCUGCCCGGGGAGGUGGUGGAGUCGCCGUCCCUGGAGCUGUUCAAGGCAGGACUGGACGUGGCACUUGGUGCUAUGGUCUGGCCUUGAGCCCUGUGGUAAAGGGUUGGACUUGAUGAUCUGUGAGGUCUCUUCCAACCCUGAUGAUACUAUGAUACUGUGUGUGAUACCUCCAGGCACAGUGGCUCUACCACCUCCCUGGGCAGCCCAUUGCAAUGGCAAAUCAUUAUGUCUGUGAAGAGCUUCCUCCUAACAUCCAGCCUAUACCUGUGGAGCUUAGGGAUAUGGUUUAAGGUGACUCUUGUAGAGUAGGGUUAUAGGUUGGAUUUGGUGAUCCUGAGGGUCUUUUCCAACCUGGAUGUUUGUGUGAUUCUGUGAUUGUAUCUCUUGCUGGCCUCACCUCUGACUUCUUCCUAUUUCUAAACCAAUGUGUAAAAAUAAAGUGCUUAUGGGUUUUGUUU